GACUUUCAUACACGCUCUCUUGUCUCUCAACCACAGAGCAAAUUUUCCCUUCUCGCAAAUCGGACCCCAUUAUUGUGCAUGACUUCUAAAAGAUGAUUUGCACCCACGACGACUAUACGAUCGCAUGGAUCUGCGCCUUGCCGCUGGAACUGGCGGCCGCAAAGGUCAUGCUAAACGAGGUUCAUGAUCCGCUCCCCCAGCCACCAACUGACCACAAUGUCUACACCCUGGGGAGUGUGAGCGGCCACAACGUAGUGCUAGCUUGUCUUCCAGGCGGUGUCUAUGGGACGAUAUCCGCGACCGCAGUCGCGUCCCAUAUGGUCUCGACCUUUCGGCGAAUCCGGUUCGGAUUGAUGGUGGGGAUUGGAGGCGGAGUCCCCAGCCCCAGGGCGGACAUUCGUCUGGGUGAUGUGGUCAUCAGCAAGCCCACGGCGACAGCAAGUGGUGUUAUCCAAUAUGAUUACGGCAAGACGCUUCGUGACGGACGAUUCCAACACACGGGGUCACUCAAUAAACCGCCACCCGUGUUACUGAAGGCGGUGUCUCAGCUGGAGAGUGACUGGAUGAUUGGAAACCGGUCGAUGAAUACAAUCUUGGUCGAUGUCUUGCAGAGGUAUGAAGAGAUGAAAGAAGGAUUUGCACGACCGAAGGACGACUGGCUAUUCCAACCAACAUAUAAACAUGAGGACGGUCAAGACAACUGCUCGGCAUGCGAUCCCAUCCAGCUAGUGAAACGUCCCAAGCGGAGAAUGGACGACUUUUAUUGUCAUUAUGGGUUGAUCGCGUCGGGAGAUCAGGUCAUGAAAGAUGCCACGACUCGAGACUCCAUUGCGCACGAUCUAGACAUUCUCUGUUUUGAAAUGGAGGCGGCCGGGCUCAUGGACGAGCUCCCAUCGCUGGCCAUUCGAGGCAUCUGUGACUACUGUGAUGCUCACAAGAACAAACAGUGGCAAGGAUACGCCGCAUUGGCUGCUGCAGCCUAUACAAAAGCUCUCCUGUCUGAAGUUCCCCUUUACAGCCACCAGAACGAAGUACAGGGACCCAGGCAACCUGUUUGGAUGGUCCCCUUUCUCAAGAACCUCAAUUUUGUUGGUCGGGAAGAAGAAAUCACCAGGAUGGAAGGAUGGAUCAUGCAACAAGACGGCCCAGGCAAAGUUGCUCUCUGCGGACUCGGUGGAGUGGGGAAGACCCAGAUUGCACUGGAUUUGGCAUACCGUAUGCGAGACCGAGACCCCGAAUGCUCGAUUUUCUGGAUCACAUGUACGAGCUAUGAGAGUGUGGAACAAGGCUAUAUGGGCAUCGCCUCCAAGCUAGGAAUGACUGGCAUAAGUCCAGCCGAGGUGAAAGAAAAAGUCAAGACGUAUCUCAGCCAGGACAGUUCUGGGAAGUGGCUUCUUCUUUUUGACAACGCAGACAAUUUGGAGAUGUGGAGCAAGGACAACAAAAAUGAGUCAGUACUGACAGACUUUCUUCCGCAAAGUGAGCAGGGACAUAUUCUGUUCACCACCCGCAGCCAGAAGGUAGCUGUGAAGCUCGUGUCUUCCUAUGUGAUAACAGUCACAGAGCCAAACACAGAGAUGUCUGUCCAGAUUUUACACGACGCACUUAUCCGAAAAGACUUACUAAAUGACCGUAACACAGUCAUUGCUUUUCUGGACCAGCUGGCCUAUCUCCCACUGGCAAUCACCCAGGCGGCAGCAUAUAUCAAUACAAACAGCAUUAGUCUCUGCGACUAUCUUCUAUUGCUAGAGGAUCAGGAGCCCCAUGUGAUUGAAUUACUGAGUGAAGUCUUCGAGGAUGAAAGGCGAUAUAAAGAUAUCCGGAACCCUGUUGCUCUUACCUGGUUCAUCUCAUUUCAACAAAUACAGCAACUAAAUCAACUGGCAGCAGACUAUCUGUCAUUCAUGGCCUGUAUCAACCCUCGCGAUAUUCCACAGUCUUUGCUUCCCCAGCCGUUAUCGACCAAAAAGAGAAUAGAUGCCAUCGGCCUCCUCAAGAGUUUUUCCUUUGUAAGCGAGGGCGAGGACCGUGCUCUAAAUCUACACCGACUCGUCCAUCUUGCAACACGGAACUGGAUGAGACAGAACCAAAAGUUUAGCGUGCAGGUUCUGAAAACAGCAGACCGAUUGAGUGAAGUGUUCCCGAACAAUAACCAUACCAAUCGGAAGGUGUGGCGGGAAUAUCUACCACAUGCGUUCUCACUAAUAGCAGAAGCGGAGUUCCAAAUUGAGCAAGAGAAAUACAUUGAUUUGCUUGGGAACAUUGGGAAUUGUCUAAGUAGUGACGGUAGAUGGAAGGAAGCAGAAGAGCUGGAGUUGCAGGUGCUACAGCUCUGCAAGCAGGUACUAGGGCCAGAGUAUCCAGACACUCUGAUGAGCAUGAAUGAUCUGGCAACAACAUACUGGAAUCAAGGACGAUGGAAGGAAGCAGAAGAGUUAGAAAUACAGGUACUACAGCUCCGCAAACAAGCCCUAGGGCUAGAACAUCCAGACACCCUGACCAGCAUGAAUAAUCUGGCAACAACAUAUCAGUAUCAAGGACAAUGGAAGAAAGCAGAAGAGUUAGAAAUACAGGUACUACAGCUCCGCAAGCAAUUCCUAGAGCCAGAGCACCCUGACACCCUGACUACUAUGAAUAAUCUGGCAUCAACAUACUGGAAUCAGGGACGAUGGAAGGAAGCAGAAGAGUUAGAAAUACAGGUACUACAGCUCCGCAAACAAGUCCUAGGGCUAGAGCAUCCAGACACCCUGACCAGCAUGAAUAAUCUGGCAUCAACAUACUGUGAUCAGGGACAAUGGAAGAAAGCAGAAAAAUUAGGAAAACAGGCACUAGAACUCCACAAGCAAGUACUAGGGCCAGAGCAUCCAAACACCCUGACAAGCGGACAAUGGAAGGAAGCAGAAGAGCUAGAAAUACAGGUGCUACAGCUCCACAAGCAAGUUCUAGGACCAGAACAUCCAGACACCUUGAUGAGAAAGGACCAAGACGCCUUCACCCUGAUGGAAGAAUGCCACCCACAUACCAUAUCCUCCUCCAACACGCUUCGCGACUGGCAGAGAGAAUGGCCUCCAUGCUGGUUGAGUGGAGCGGAGCGGAGUGGCGCUCCGCCCAGAGACACGCAGAGUGCCCACGGCCCGAGAAAUACUGUACAGGCAUGUCAAAUGUCGCAAUAUAAGAUGUGUUAUGAAAGGGUACCCACAGAGCGCAAAGUUGCCUAG